GGGCCCCCGUCGGCCGCAUUGUCCGUGCAGCGACCCCGCGCCGUCCUGGGUCCCCGCUCCGCGCGCGUCGCAGCCCCAGCUCCGGACCCGGCUCGGCUCGGCGCUCUGCACCGCCCCCGGGGACCCACGCAAGCCUCUCUUCAGGAGAAGGGUCCCCACCCUGCCCCAUCAUGUCAAGACGAAGCCAGCGCCUCACACGCUACUCCCAGGAUGACAAUGAUGGCAGCAGCAGCAGCAGCGGCGCGAGCUCCGUGGCAGGAAGCCAAAGCACCCUGUUUAAAGACAGUCCUCUCAGGACUUUGAAGAGGAAAUCCAGCAACAUGAAGCGCCUGUCCCCAGCCCCACAGCUGGGCCCCACCUCUGACUCGCACACCUCCUACUACAGCGAGUCCCUGGUUCGGGAGUCCUACAUAGGCAGCCCCCAGGCCGUCUCCCUCGCCAGGAGCGCCCUCCUGGACGACCGCCUACACGGUGAACCCUACUGGAGUGGAGACCUGAGGGGGAGGAGGCGGAGAGGCACCGGUGGCUCUGAGAGCAGCAAAGCCAACGGGCUCACCACCGAGAGCAAGGCCUCAGAGGACUUUUUCGGCUCUUCCUCCGGCUACUCUUCAGAGGAUGACUUUGCAGGCUACACGGACUCCGAGCAGCAAGGCUCAGGGUCAGGGUUAAGGAGUGCAGCAUCUCGGGCAGGCUCCUUUGUCUGGACUCUGGUCACUUUUCCAGGCCGGCUCUUCAGUCUUCUCUACUGGUGGGUUGGCACCACCUGGUACCGCCUGACGACUGCCGCCUCCCUCCUGGACGUCUUCGUCUUAACCAGGUCCAGGCACUUCCCACUGCACCUGAAGACUUUUCUGUGGUUCCUCCUGCUCCUGCUCCUCCUGACUGGUCUGACCUACGGUGCUUGGCAUUUUUACCCCUUGGGGCUGCAGACACUGCAGCCCGCUGUGGCCUCCUGGUGGGCAGCAAAGGAGAGCAGGAGGCAGCCAGACCUGUGGGAAUCCAGAGAUACCUCCCCGCACUUCCAGGCUGAGCAGCGGAUUCUCUCCCGGGUGCACUCCCUGGAACGGCGCCUGGAAGCUCUUGCUGCUGAGUUUUCCUCCAACUGGCAGAAGGAGGCCAUACGGCUGGAACGCCUGGAGCUGCGGCAGGGGGCUCCCGGCCAUGGAGGUGGCGGCGGUGGCCUGAGCCAUGAAGAUACCCUGUCUCUCCUGGAAGGCUUGGUGAGCCGCCGGGAGGCUGCCCUGAAGGAGGACUUGCACAGGGACACGGUGGCUCGUUUCCAGGAAGAACUGGCUACCCUGAGGGCGGAGCACCACCAGGACUCGGAAGACCUCUUCAGGAAGAUUGUCCAGGCCUCUCAGGAGUCUGAGGCUCGUGUCCAGCAGCUGAAGACAGAGUGGCAAAGGAUGACCCAGGAGGCCUUCCAGGAGAGCUCUGUGAAGGAGCUGGGACGGCUAGAAGCCCAGCUGGCCAGCCUGCGGCAGGAGCUGGCUGCCCUGGCUCUGAAGCAGAACUCCAUGGCAGAUGAAGUGGGACUGCUUCCGCAGAAGAUCCAGGCUGCCAGGGCUGAUGUGGAAUCCCAGUUUCCUGACUGGAUCAGUCAGUUCCUCCUCCAAGAUAGGGGUGCCCGAAGUGGGCUCCUCCAGAGAGAGGAGAUGCAUGCUCAGCUGCAGGCGCUGGAGAGCAAGAUCCUUGCCAGCAUGGCUGAGAUGCAGGGCAAGUCGGUCAGGGAGGCUGCGGUUUCCCUGGGACAGACACUGCAGAAGGAAGGCGUGGUUGGGGUGACAGAGGAGCAAGUGCACCGGAUCGUCAAGCAGGCCCUGCAGCGCUACAGUGAGGACCGUAUUGGAAUGGUGGACUAUGCCCUGGAAUCAGGAGGAGCCAGUGUUAUCAGCACGCGGUGUUCUGAGACUUACGAGACGAAGACGGCCCUCCUCAGUCUCUUCGGCAUCCCCCUGUGGUACCAUUCCCAGUCACCACGCGUCAUUCUCCAGCCAGACGUGCACCCAGGCAACUGCUGGGCCUUCCAGGGGCCCCAGGGCUUUGCAGUGGUCCGCCUCUCCGCUCGCAUCCGCCCCACAGCCGUCACCUUAGAGCAUGUGCCCAAGGCCUUGUCGCCCAACAGCACCAUCUCCAGCGCUCCCAAGGACUUUGCCAUCUUUGGCUUCGAUGAAGACCUGCAGCAGGAAGGGACGCUCCUUGGCACGUUUGCCUACGACCAGGAUGGGGAGCCCAUUCAGACCUUCCACUUCCAGGCUUCCAAUAUGGCCACAUACCAAGUCGUGGAGCUCCGGAUCUUGACCAACUGGGGCCACCCUGAGUACACGUGCAUCUACCGCUUCCGGGUGCACGGAGAGCCCGCCCACUAGCCCUCUGGGAGGCUCACGCUUCCCAGCCAGCCAUCCCUGCUCUGAGAGGGGGUGCACGGCACCGCACCACUGCUCGCACGUGCUUGAUAGUGCUGACUUCAGGGGCGAGAGCCAAGGGGCAGCAUGGGCGGGGUUCCCUGCACAGCCAAGCAGCUCCAGGUCACCAGCAGGCUCCCGUGCUUUUCUUAGGCCCCUCCCUAGCUAGGUGCCUAUCAGGGUGUAUAUAUGUAGCAUACUUUGGCGGACUGGGGGUCAAGAAGUGAGGCUAUUUGGUGGAGGGACUGGCACCAGAGAGUUCCCGGUAGGUGCCAAAGCUGUGGGCAUGCCAAGCCAGAGCCCCGGGGAGGUGAGCUAGGGGUCUUGUGGCCUUUCAGGACAGUGCUCAGCACUAUGCCGCUGGGAUUGCCCCUGGCAGGUACCUGGUAAAGGACUCAGAGGCUGCUGUGCUCUUCCGGCAUGGCGAGUGCCAUGGCCCACAGGGUUUCUCGCAUCCUGGAGGAUACCAGCUCCUGUGUGCCUCUGAGGACUGCUUGUCUGUGCCAACCUAGAAGGUCCCCAGUGCUGGGGACCACUGCUUUUUCUCCCGCUGUGGGGUGAGGGGCUACUCUGUCCUCUAUUCCUGCUAUAUCCUGCCUGUGCUCAACAAGCUUUCCAUUCCCCCAGGGGAGGACCUAGGCCUGUCUUUGGGGCCAUUCUAUCAGGGGAGUCUAGAAGACAGGGGAGAUGGCUCUGGGGGUCCUCUUGGUCCAGUGCCACUAGCCACAUUGUGGCUCAAGGUAUCAGGCGGAGAGGCAAUGCUAACCCAUCCAUCUAAAGAGACCCUAGAGAGGGCCCUGUCCACUCUAAAACAACUCCCUCAGGCUCUCAGCGCUUGCUUACAGUCUGUCUCCUUUCUGGCUCCUCUAUGGGGGAAGUUGGGUAAGGGCUGGGAGGGAGGCUUGCAAAAGUUAGCCUGUGUGGGGAGGGGUAAGAGGCUGUUAAACUAAGCGGCCCUGCUGUAUUAUAUAUAGAAUUCUCAAGGUCUGUGCUGUUUUGUUUUUGUUUUUUUCUUUUUUUAAACUGAAAAGCUACAGGCUUGAUCCCUAGCCCCAUUCUGAGGGGCACCAGCUGUUACUCAGUUUCUAGUUCCUGGCCUCUGAGAGAGGCUUGGUCCUGGCCUACAGAAGGGGCCAGGGAGAGCUGCCAGGCAAGGGCCCAGUGUUCUGGCACAGCGGUAACCUGUACAGCCCUGCCCUCAGGGCUUGUUCUGCGCUCUCCUGUCACAAAUGCUGCACUGUUGAUUCUUUUUAAAAACAAAACAAAAAGCAAACCUCUCCAGACUCUUAAUUUAUGCCUAUGCAAAAAAUAAAGGAUACCCAGGUUCACUGCA